ACGCCCUUCACCUUGCGGCUCUCUUACCACUCUCGCUGGAACCGACGCCCAAUCUCGGUCCACGAGCCAAUUCUCCCGACGAAUACCCCCCUCUCUAGUUGCGGUUCUGGCCUGCCGUCUCCGAACCCCAUCCUCCACCCUCCGAACGCGUGCCUUUCGCAUGGCCCACCUGGAGUGAGAGGGAGAACGACAAGCGAACAUCUGCCGCCGACGCAGACGCCGACGCCGACUUGAGUAAUUUACACAGCCAGGCCGAUAUGAGUGCAGAGCAGCAAAAGAACAAUGCGGCCAGCUCCCAAUACACUCGUGCGCCCCUACCGACUCGAUAAUGUCUGUCGCCAAUGCAUCCGUCAAGCCUCCAGCGCUCCGCAGGGUGGAAUUGUCCCGUUGCCGUUGAUGCUGCGCCGUGCCGCCUCGACGACAGCAGCCAAGGCGGCGCCCGCUGUUCGUCUUAGCGCGAGCUACUUCCUUUCCAACAGCGUCCUUGACCGCACCAGUUCUCGACCCCGGCCACUGGGCAGCCGGAACUCCUCGGCUUCCGUUGCGCCCUCUUCCUCCUCUUCCCACGUGCGUUCCGAGCCGACGACCCCCAUCGACGUGAACCACGAACUCCCACAUCGUCGCCGACAGGCCGCAAGGCGCAAAGCCGCUGCCGUCACUGCCACCGAAGGCUCCGCCGCGUCCCCUUCCUCUUCUCCCGAAGUGCCUCUUCCUCAAGAUGCCUCUUCCGCUCUUACGACCGUCGCCGCCCGGCAGCCCGCCCACUCCGCACGGCGCAUCUUCUCGACUCUCCUCUCCCUUUCGAAGCCCCGACUCUCUGCCCUCGUGGUCCUGACGGCCAUGGCACCCUAUGCCUUGUACCCCGUGCCUGGCUUCCUCACGCCUGCCAUUACUGAGUCGCCGUCACUCAGCCCGUUGACGCUGCUCUUCUUGACCACAGGCACCGCCCUGUGCUCUGCUUCGGCUAACUCCCUCAACAUGCUCUACGAGCCCGCGACCGACGCCAAGAUGUCCCGCACACGGAACCGCCCUUUGGUCAGGGGACUGCUUACCAAGCGGGCCGCCGUCCUCUUCGCCCUCACCACGGCCCUGACCGGCGUCGGCGCUUUGUACUUUGGCGUCAACCCUACUGUCGCCUUCCUUGGAGGCGCAAACAUUGUCAUAUACGCCGGCAUGUACACCCCCAUGAAGGCCUUCAGCGCCGCCAACACGUGGCUGGGCGCCGUGGUCGGCGGCAUCCCCCCCCUCAUGGGCUGGGCCGCCGCCGCGGGUGAGACCGCUUCGGGGGAUGGCUCCUGGCGCGAGCUACUCUUGGCCAGUGAUGGCAGCUCCAUCGGCGGCUGGCUCAUGGCCGGAUUGCUCUUUGCCUGGCAGUUCCCGCACUUCAUGGCGCUUUCGUGGCCCAUCAGGGAGGAGUACAAGGCGGCGGGGCUCCGCAUGCUUGCCUGGACCAACCCCGCGCGCAACGCGCGCGUGGCUCUCCGGUACAGUAUAGCUUUUGUCCCUCUGUGCGUGGCGCUCUGCGCUGCGGGCGUUACCGAGUGGAGCUUCGCCGUGACGAGCUUGCCGGUCAACGCUUGGUUGACGCGUGAAGCUGUGCGCUUCUGGAAAUACGAGGGCCACAAGGGCUCGGCGAGGGGCUUGUUCUGGGCCAGCGUCUGGCACCUGCCCGUCGUCAUGGUGCUUGCGCUGCUGCAGAAAAAGGGCAUGUGGAGCCGUGUGUGGAACAGCAUAGUAGGCGAAGACGAAGAUGAGUGGGAAGAUGAGCUAGAUGAGAUGCCUGUCGCUGUGCCUACGCCGCGAGAUGGGUAGGAUGGUUGGCGUCACUCUUUAGGGGCGUAGAACGCGGGAUGUAUGAUAGUGUGCUCCUUUGUCCCAUAAAAGGAUCGGUCAUCGGUCUAGAUAUUCGGGUUCAGGAUACCGACUUUUUUGCUCUGUAACAAAACCCCCCUGUCAUGGCUAUAAGACGGCUGGGUGUCCGAAUAAAGGGCUGCGCAUUGUCUUUCAAGUAUUGUA